AUGUUAAGAGUUUUAGGUUUUGGCUUAGGCACCAGCAUUCUCUUUAUCCCAGCUCUAUUCCUAACACGACAUCGCACAGUAAGCGCUGCCCAACGGACAAAGAAUCCCAACAUCGCCGUCAUUGGAGCAGGUAUCGGCGGCUCUAGUUGUUCUCACUUCAUUCGGGAACUUUUUGGAUCACAAGCUACCAUCGAUGUAUUUGAAGCGUCUGAUAGAAUCGGUGGCCGUCUAGCUACCGUGAAAAUUGCCGGUAAGAACUUCGAAUCCGGAGGAUCUAUAAUUCACCGUGACAAUAAGUACAUGGUGGGUUUCGUGAAGUACCUAGGUAAGUUUACGAAGGGUUUCUGCUUUGGGGUAUCCCUUACAUAGCCACACCGGCCCCCAAUGGAUGAGUGAAGUAAACUUUAACCCCUUUUAACAAAGAAAAAUAAUUAAAGUACCAACACAGCAUCCCCCUCAGAAAUAAUAAUCAUUUCUCAUAUCCUUCGGAAAUAUUCCAAGAACCCCUCAGAAAUCUCACCCAUUUAACGGGGAGGAGGGUGGUGGAAACAGCUGUGGAAAUUAAAUGGCAUGGCUAUGGCAGCUUAUGAUGCCUUUGGAUAAAGCUGUGAGUGAGAAGUAGCCACUAGUCUUGCCAGCUGGGGAAAGAGGCCAAAAAUACUCGCAGUUUUUUCCCUUUUGACCACAAUAACAUGGGCCUAGUUGGUUGAAGGUCAAUGAGUGCUACACUGUAAUCUGGGGGUAAACUUCAAAAUAAUCCACCUUUUUCUUCUUUUUUCAAAAGUAUUUUCUCAGAUAAGUAUAAUUUUGCCUAUUCUUUUUAGAGCAUUCAAUUACCAAAUUGUACACGAAAAGAAUUAAGCUCACUGAAUUUGGUUUCAAGCUUUCCUAUCUGAAUUCAAAUUUCACAUUAACCUUGCGUUAUCGAUACCCAGAUUUGAACAACCUAGCCAUGGUCCAAGCAGAUAAUAUUUUUCAGUUUGGGGGACUGUAUACAAGACACUAGGAAACUUUUGCUUUAACUUUUGAGUUAACCCACUUUCUCUCUCAUAACUCGGUAUUUAUUCACCUGAUGUUGCCUUUUUUUUGUCCUACAUGUACCAGAAACAGUCAUUACCAGCCUGAAUUCAUUCAGUUGCUGUACCAGAGUGAGAAUUUCAUUCUGGUGCGAGAUCUUACAACACCAGUAUCAUUUAAUGAACAACGAUUCAUUUUGAUUUGAAAUCGGCCUCCUAGUGGACUGAAACCUCUCUCCUCCACAGAGGUUUCCACUGGGUGUCUCAAUAAAAAUAAAUUAAGCCUCCCUACGACGCAAAGAGGUCCCUGCUGAGGAGAGAGAACUGAAACGGCCAGUGGGUAAUUUUUGUUAACCCUUUGGGUCCUAAGAGUGACCAACAUUGAUUUUCUCCUAACAACAUCAGCAGAUCAUCAAGAGUAAAGGUUAUGAGAAUUACUAAAUUGAUUACCAAAGGGAGAGUGCUUUGAUCUUAAACCAAAUUCUCUCAAUUAUUCUUAAAAGAAAUGUGUGGAGAUCAGUCUGGAGAAUUUAUAUGUGGAUCUCAGGGCUGAUAGGGUUAAUCCAGGAUGGUGUGGGACAAGGAGAAAACUUGUAAACAUGUAAAUGUGACCUACAAACUUAAGUAGUCAUACUGGUAUGGAACUACUGCUUGUGCAAGUUUUCUCAUGUAAACACCCUCUCACUUGUUAUUCCAAUGGGUCAUAUUUUUGAGACAUGAAUAUUUUAUAGAAAUAUAUGAAAUGAAUCAUAUUUUGAACUGUGGAUAAGGAUAUGAAAGUGAACAUGAUCCUUGCAGUUGAAUGAACAACCUAAUUGGUUAAAAGGAACCUGAAAAAAUUCAGGCUGCAAAUUGAACCCAUGUUCAUUUUCACAUUUUUUGGGACAGCUGGCUGUUUCAUCUUUGCAUCACAUGUGAAAUGUGCCUGACUUGCUGUUAUUUUCUCACCAAAGCUGCUGAGCCAGCAUGCCACUGUCUAUGUAUGACAUAAGUGGGUCCAUGUUUAAGGCUUCUAUUAUUUUUGAUGUCCUGAAAUAAAUUGGCAAAAAUCUUCCAAAUUUAGACAAUGCUAACUGCAGUUCAAGUUCAAGUUCAUUUAUAUUCACGCUUAUUUAAUUGCAAGGCUGUGCUCUAAAAGCCUGAUAGCUCUAAACUUACGAAUUUUGGGUAACCUGUAUUAAGUUUUAUAACCUGCUUUGUAGCUUGUGGCAUAUAAUAAUAUAAGACUAGAGCUUUGUGGAGGUGUGUGUAGCUGAGCAGUUAACACCUCGAACUCUGGAUCUAGAGGUCCAGGGUUCAAGCUUCCUUCAUCAUGUUGUUUCCUUAGACAAGGAACUUCACUCCACUUUGUCUCUGUUCACCUUGGUGUAUAAAUGGUUACUGGUGACAUACUGCUGGGGGGUAACCCUGUGAUAGAGAAGCAUACCAUCCAGGGGGAAGUAGAAAUACUCCUAGGUAUAUGCUUCAUGCUAAGAAAACCAGGAUAAGCUCUGGCCGUUUAGGCCUAUGGCUUAUGUGCACCUUUACCUACCUUUAAUUUUUUAUAGCUUGUAAGUUUUGCAUAGAAGCUAACUAAGAUUUCCUUGUUACAGAAAGUCAACAGUAAGUUGCCAGAGCCACCAGGCUGUGCUAAUGUUGUCUUGGCACUGUAUUUAUAAAUGGUCUGACACAGGGGUCACACCUGGGUCUGACAUGCUCUUUUUUCCUGAGUUCGUUGCAUUUUACAAUCACCAUCAUGUAAAAAUUAAACUUUACAGGAAUAAAUACAUUAUGCUGGGCACCCUAGAUUUUACAGUUUAAGAGCACUGGGCUCCCUUUAAUUUUCCUUAGAGCACAGCCUAAUUAGCCUUACAUUCAAGAAGUUACAUAAAUUAAUUCAUAUAAAUGGGUUGAGAGUUAGCUGCUUGAUGCCACCAUCAAAAGCUUCACCCAUAUGGACCAUUGGGUAAUAUUUAGUCAGCCCAGCCCUAAGAAACAAUAUAUGAUAAAAACUUUUAAGCUUUUUACAGAAAUAUAGCCACAAUCAAACCUGCUAUGUUUAGAUCUUUCUUGGUAGAAAAUGUUUCCUACUAUUUCUCUUCACAAACAGGUUUAAAAAAACUUGAGAGUAAUGAGGCAGACGCUCUUCUGGGGAUUUACAAUGGUGAUGAAUUUCUGUUUUAUGGUAGCAGGUGGAAAAUCUUAAAUUAUAUCAAACUUAUUUGGCGAUAUGGAUUAUUCGAUCUCUACACCAUGGACAAUUUCAUCACUAGUAUGUUAAAGAACUUUUCAAGUAUUUACAAAUUUCAAGAAAAUCACCAAGCAUUCACAAGCGUACCUGACAUGCUGAGAGCUAUGGGUGCAAAUGAGAUGUAUGAGUACACACAGCAGACAACAAGACAGACACUGGAGAAGAUCAGUCUCAACCCCACUUUGAUUGAUGAGCUAGUGACAGUUGUCAUGAGGAUCAAUUAUGGUCAAGAUGUGACUUUGAAUGGGUUUGCAGGUAUGGAAGAAAUACAGUUGAACCUCCAUUAUGCGGUCACCCGAGGGGUACCGGCAAAUGGUUGCUUACUAGAAUUUCAUCAUAAACAUACAUAAUCUUUAGGGGAAGCAUCACUUUUUUUGUGAAAGAAACACUCGAAGGGAGCAACAAUACUGGUCCACGAUUGGUCAUCACAUCGGGCUGUAUUUUCCUUCAUCAUUUUUUUAAAUAAAGCCGAACUAAGUGUAUUAAGCACUUGAUGGCUGCUUAAUAGAGGUGACAACAAUGGGAGAACUCUCACUGGAAUGGCCAAGAGGUGGCAGGGGCUGCUUAAUAGAGGUGUCCCCUUAGUAGAGGUUAAAGUUCUCAUUCUUUUCUACAAUUAUUAUCUUGGGACUUUGACUAUUGGCCUCUUUGUAGAGGACGGCCGCUUAAUGGAGGCUGAACUGUAUAACUUACAGCAAGAAAAUGAUAAGGUUGACUGCAAUUAGUCAUGUAUAGAAGUGGCUAGAAGAAGACUUUCAUAGAGUAAUAAUAAUUUAGCUUCUUGUUAUGCAGGCAACUCAAGUCAAAAGUUGGUAGUCCCUCCCAUAAAAAUUCAUAACAAGUCAUGACCUCAGUGGGGGAGCCUCAUGCAGGGCUUCCACAGAGGUGUCCUGUUUUUCUCUGAGCUGAUCUUGAUUAUAUCCUUCUAAAUUAUUAUGCAAACGUUUAUUUCUGGAAGUUAAUAGUUAAAAAUUAAUUAUUCCUUUUUUGAUCAUGUAUUGGGGCUGUCGCUGAGGGAUGGCAGCUGGGGAUUUCCCAUGGCUUCUAUGAGCAUGACUAUCUGAAUUUGAGGAUUAACUAAUGUGACACACUUUGUGAGUUAAGGCCUACCUCUCAGAAUCACUUCAUGUAUUUGGAAGAAAUGACUCCUGGUUACUUUCAUUAGAAACCAGAAGGAAAAAUUAUAGAGCCCAUGGAAAUUCCUGGCUGUUCCACUCCCCAGCCACUAAUUGCAAACACCUGGCAACUUGCAACAGCCCCUCAUGCAUUGUUAGUUUAGUGAACUUGCCUAAACUCAAACUGCGUAAUAUAAAGGCUUGGUCAACAGCUAUACCAUUGCUGUAAGGUUAAUUUGUUGAGUGGGAAAUUUUGAAGCUAUCUUUAGGCAAUGUUUACAUUGUCAUAUUGGUCUGAUACAAAUGUACUGAGUACAGCAAAGCACAACAGAGUUGCGAACUAUGUGACUGAAGGUUUUUUAUGUUUGUUAAAGUUAUAAACAGACAGUUAUUACUGCAAGCUCCCAGGUGAGCAACAAACUCAUCUUUGGGACUCCUGUUGUUCCUUGGGUGUCCUGUCACUAGAAAACCAUCACUAACUCGAUGUUUGUGUCAGAAUGAUCUUUAGCAGAAAUGGUCAGCAGUAUCAUUAUAACUUAAUUUAAAAUUCUAACACUCCUAUUGCACUCCUAUUGCAAAAUUUUUGUACUAAGUUUUGAAUACUCUGGCGCAUGCAACAGUUUCGAGUUAUUUUCGUACGACUGUAAGCUAGGCAAUGAAGACCCAAACCACAAAGGAGUCAUGAUGUGUGAUGUGUAGUCCUUUAUCCCAUAUAAACUAUUACUUGACCCAUUAAAAGGGUCUGUUAAAUAUUAUUAGCUUUUUGAGUAGAUACUGGGUAAAUGAAAAAAACAUUUGGCUAUAAAAAAACUGUGAUAAAACUUUUCUUAAAGACAUUAUAAGGAAUUUUAAAAGAAACUUUUAAAAGAUGUGGAUGCUUUGACAGUCUCUGACAUCGUCAAGUCAAACUAGCAUAUACAUGUUCUAUAAAUGGAUGAUAAACAGUACAUCAUUAAAAAGAAAAGUACCAUAUUUAAUAUGUUACAAGUUAAACAAAGAGUUUCACACUAAUGGAGUCACCUUGUGUCUUGAAACUGGGCCUUAGUUCUUUGAUGCAUAAUGUCUCGUAAAUGAGGCAGUCAUCUGCUCCCAGCAUUAUAACGACAUAUUUGUAACCUCUAGUUUAUUUAUGAUAGGAGCAGUGUCAUUGGCUGGUUCACAAGGAGGUUUGUGGUCAGUUGAAGGCGGAAACUGGAGAGUCUGUGAUGGUUUGCUUUCCAGCUCCAAAGCAACAGUGUACAAGAAUACCAGGGUAACAGAAGUAGUAAAAAACAACAAUGGCGGUACUGAAAGGCCUGUCUACACAUUAAAAGGUGAUGGCAACAUUCCAGACAAACAAUACGACAUGGUGAUUGUUGCUGCCCCAUUAGAAAUUAGUAGCUAUUUCUUUGAUUGUAAAGGCUGCAGAAACUGGCCCUCUCCUAAAGAACUGGGUGAAUUCUGGCGCACAGUGGCAACUUUUGUGCACGGCCAAAUCAACUUGACGCAUUUUGGGUUUGGAACUGAAAAUGACAUCCCAGAAGUGAUUGGCACAACAGAGACCCCUAAAAAUUAUUUUAACAGCAUUGGCAAGCAACAACCUGUUGAAAACAGGACUGAGGAGGAUCCAAAGGGCACACCCAUUCGGAAAGUGUUUUCACGAUCAGAUCUCACUGAUUCUCAACUUAAUGAACUGUUCAGCAGUGUGAAUGAGGUCAAAGUAGUGUCAUGGCUGGCGUAUCCACACUUUACACCCCCUGAGAAAUUUUGGUCAUUUGUUCUGGAUGAUGGUGUCUUCUACAUCAAUGCCAUUGAGCAUUCCGCCAGUGCAAUGGAAAUGUCAGCAGUGAGUGCAAAGAAUGCAGCUUUGUUAGCACACCAGUAUUAUACAGGGAAAGCAUCUAAUGUCCCCCCAGAAAACAAGUCUUCUAAUACCACACCCAAGGAAGAACUGUAAUUCUGAGUGCUGUAAUAGACAAAGGUGUAUGAAAGACUUAAAAUUUAACAAAUUUACCCCUUUAUCAAAAAUACUGGUAAGGAUCUAAAAUGAAAAUUUAAAAAAAAUACCUUUUUUGUAAAGAAAAUGACUAGUACUAUGCAUGUAAACCACUUGAAAGUACUGAAGAGGUUUCUUUUUAAUGGUCACACCACAAGAUUUCAUCUACAAAUUCAAAAGUUAAAAUCAGCUUAUACACCAUCCAGAAAUACGUCUGCUGUUCGCAGUCUACAUAACAGAUAGUACCUUGUAAAAGCACAAAGUGUACAGCUAAUGAUAUUUUAUUCAAGCAUAUAACGCCACCUAAAAUAUAAUGACUGUUUCUUCGGCUGCUUCGUUUUUUGACUUUAGUGCUAAAGGAAAAGACUUCAGUGCAUCCAGUUCUUUCUUUAUACAUAUUUUUAUAUACAUUUUACUAUCCUACAUUACCAUACCUACAAAGAUAAUUACAUUUAAACCACUGUUACAGUCAAGGCAGGUCAAGCGUACCCCCCAAAAUUCUAUUAACAAAUUGAUUAUUUGAAAAUGACCCAUUAGUUGUUCCCGUAAUUGGUGUCGAAUUCAAAUCGGCAUGCGGAAUGAGCUCUGAAUAUUUUACGAGAACUUCUCUGUAUUUGGUCAGAUUGAAAAUCUUUGAAUGGAUAAAAUUGCUUCGAAGACAUUUACGUCAAAUUCAGGGAAACUGAGGUGGUAGAAAUUUUAUAACUGCCUCGCGUGUGAAUUCCCUGCUCAUUUAUUACGCAUACAAAAAU